AAAGAGGACGUGGUGAAGGAGGAGGACGUGGUGGAAGAGGAGGAGGAGGUGGUGAAGGAGGUGGAGGUGGAGAACGACGGCGACAAGGAAGGGGAAGAGCAAGGGCACGAAGACAGUCAGUCUCGGAUGAAAUUCGAGCCACUUUAGUUGACCAUGUCCUUGUCCAUGGGAUGACUAUGAGGGAGGCUGGGCAACGAGUACAACCAAAUUUGAGUCGCUUCACUGUUGCCUCCAUCAUCAGAACCUUCAGGGAGGAAAACAGGACACAGAGACGACCACCUGGUGGAGGCAGGUUAAGGCUUUUGUCGGAGGAGCAAGAGAGGGAACUUGUAAACAUGGUAAUUGCAAAUAAUGUAAUCCGCCUGCAAGAGAUUCAAAGGAGAGUGAUUGAGGAUGAUCAUCUUUUUCGAGGCAUAAAUGCCAUCAGCCUCUCCACAAUUGACCGCAUCCUCCGAAAGAAUCAAUUCCGGAUGAAACAGGCAUACCGAGUCCCUUUCGAACGAAACUCUGACAGAGUGAAAAACCAACGUGUGGAAUAUGUUCAGAGAAUCUUUGAGAUUGAAGGACGGCCUGUUCCCCAUGAAAUGAUCUUUGUGGAUGAGGCAGGUUUUAACCUGACCAAAAGAAGGAAAAGGGGGAGGAACAUAAUUGGCCAUCGGGCUAUUGUAAAUGUCCCUGGUCAGCGUGGGGGGAAUGUCACUAUGUGCGCAGCCAUCAGCCAACGAGGGGUACUCCACCGCCAUGCCGUACUAGGACCCUAUAACACUAUGCUUCUCCUUGCUUUUCUUGAUGGUUUAAGACAACAUAUGUUCCAGCUGGACUACAGGGAACCAGCACAGCCAGAGCAGCCUCACUACGUUGUUGUGUGGGAUAACGUCAGCUUCCAUCGCGCUGCUCUGGUUCGUGACUGGUUUACCAAUAACCCAAGGUUUUCUAAUAUCUUUCUGCCUGCAUACUCCCCCUUUCUAAACCCGAUAGAGGAGUUAUUUUCGGCAUGGCGGUGGAAAGUGUAUGACCGAGAACCUUAUGUCCGUGUUCACCUCCUUCAGGCCAUGGAAGAGGCCUGCCUAGACAUAUCAGUAGAUGCAUGCCAGGGGUGGAUCAGGCAUGCAAGAGGAUUUUACCCCCGCUGCCUGGCUGGGGCCAAUAUAGCCUGUGAUGUGGAUGAGAUUCUCUGGCCUGACCCAGACCAAAGACAAGAUGCUGUGGUGGGAUAAUGUUUCUGGUGUGUGUUGUACUGUAUAAUACAUGAAUGACAAUGUGCCACUGUACAUACAUUGGUUGCGUCUUUUGUGUUUAUCAUGUGACAAGGGUUUUGAAGGGGAGAACCAUAAGCAACCUAAUUGUUUUGGAACUAUUGUUUUGAAUUAAUUGUACCAGUGUGCAAAACUCUGUUGUAGUGUGUGUGUUUUUGAGGGCUUGUGUUUGAUGUCUGAGGGCAAAGUUCGGUUUUUCAGCAGGAGUGAAUAGUUUUGGGUGUAGAGCUUCAUUUUGACCUGGAAAUAGGAUGUUUGGGGAAUUGAGUGAGAUGUUAUGGAUUUGUGUUUACUGUUGUGCGGAUAUGAGGCGUAGUUUCAAGAAAUGUGUUUUAGCAAUCGAGAAAAACUGUAA